AUGUCGCGGAGAAAUAAGCCAUCUCUCGUCCCUGCUGGCAUUUACAUAAGACAGCUCCAUGCGUAUCGUUGCAAGCGGCGCCAGAACCUUUGUACAACUCAAGACACUCCAGCACGUUCCAGACAAUCAAUCGCCAUGAGAAUCUCCAGCCUGUUGAUAGGCCUUAUGGCCCUCUGCCCCGUGCAGAGCGCUACCCUUGGGGCCGAUCACCAGCUCAUCAAACGAGCAUCGCUGACCCAGGUGCAGAACUUCGGCACCAACCCGUCUGGAAUCAAAAUGUUCAUCUACGUGCCCCAGAAGCUGCAAGCAAAGCCACCCGUCCUUCUCGUGCUUCAUGCGUGCGCGUGGACGGCAGGCAGUUUCUUUGGGACGACAAAAUAUGGGCAGCUUGCCGAUCAACAUGGCUACGUACUCAUCUAUGGUCAAACACCAACCGACGGCGCAUGCUGGGAUGUCUCGUCUAAACAGUCGUUGACUCAUGAUGGUGGUAGUGAUAGCACGGGGCUGGCAAACAUGGUUAGAUACGCCCUGCAAGUUUACAAUGGCGAUGCUAGUAGAGUCUACGUCACCGGCGAAUCUUCUGGUGCCAUGAUGACUCAAGUAAUGGCAGCUGUAUACCCGGACAUGUUCGCCGCCGCGUCCGAAUUCAGCGGUGAGCCCGCAGGCUGUUUUUAUACAGGCACCGUUCGCGGGUGGAACAGCCAAUGCGCUGGUGGCCAGCUGCACAAGACGUCUGCUCAGUGGGCUGCAGACGUUCGCGCCAUGUAUCCUGGCUACACUGGACAAUACCCAAGAAUGCAAGUCUACCACGGGGACGCAGACACGACGCUCAACAUUGCGAGCUUCAACGAGUCCAUCAAGGAGUGGUCUGGAAUUCAUGGAUACUCUGAAAACCCAACUUCGUCGCAGAGCAAUAGUCCUGGGAAUAAGCUUACCAGAUACAUCUACGGUGAUCGAUUGCAGGGUAUUUGGGGACAUGGCAUCGGCCACGUUGUGCCUACUAAUGAAACUGAGGCGUUGAAGUGGUUUGGUAUUACUGGAAGCAACUAG